AGACCCUUCUCAGAGAGAGAAAAAGAGAGAGAAAGAGAGGAGAAAAGGAGAAACACCAAACACAAACAAGAAAAACAAAAAUAAAAAAAAAAAUUAAAAAGAGGAGUUUGUUUGAGAACUGAACCACGCACCCUCCCCUCCAAAGAUCUUAACUUUCUAUGCUUCUUUUCUAAGGGAAUAUUUGGUGGGGUGUGGUCGAAAAGUUUGAAGAAGCUUCUCGAUUGGCGUGGCUUUGGUUCGUUUGGGUUCGAAAAGGGGAAUUCGGAACUUGCUCGAGGGCCCUGAAAAUUUUUCACUGUUGAGCUGAUAAUGUUCCAACGAUUCAGGAAGGAUUGACACAUGGAUUCUGAAGUCAAAAGGUUUGGAGGAGGACCGAGGGAGUUGACAGGAGCUGUAGAUCUUAUUAGUUAUUUCAAACUACAACCCCACUAUGACUAUUUCUGCAAGCGGCCCCUUCCCGUGUCAGUUGCAGACACACACUAUCUUCACAACAUUGUGGGAGACACAGAAGUAAGAAAAGGAGAUGGGAUGCAAUUAGAUCAACUUAUUCAGAACACUUCUAACUUCAGAGAGACAAAUGCUCGGUUACAGCCUUUCAACCUAGAUAUUCUCAAAGAAGCUUUUCAACUAAGGGAAACAACUCCUGUUGAUCUUCCCACAGCGGAGAAAGGGAUUCCAACUAUCCCAGGGAAGUCGAAAAGCGAGCACAAAGACAAAGAGAAGAAGCAUAAAAAACACAAAGACAGGGAUAGGGAUAAGGACAAGGAUAAGGAGCAUAAGAAGCACAAACAUCGUCACAAAGAUAAAGACCGUAGCAAAGACAAGGAGAAGGACAAGGACAAAAAGAAAGAUAAAAGUGGGCAUCGUGAUUCAAGUGCUGACCAUUCAAAGAAACACCAUGAAAAGAAAAGGAAGCAUGAUGGAGAUGAUGAUGUUAAUGAUGUUCACAAACACAAAAAAAGCAAGCAUAAGAGCUCAAAAAUCGAUGAAUUGGGGGCGAUAAAAGUCGCAGGCUAAAAUGUUUACAUACUGUAGUUCGCGUUGUUUCUCAUUUGGUUGUUGUCGUUUGUUAAAGUCUGGUGGCAUCUUCACUUGAAAUUAACAGAUUUCGUAAGACUAGGUAGUGUUCUGACUAAGAUUGAAAGGUGAAUUCACCCCAUGAAGGGAAAAGGAAGCAGUAAUUUGCAGAACUUUGGUCUUCCUUUUCCUCAGUUUUUUGGUGCUCUGGAUCGAUAUAUCAACAUUAUGGAUAAUUUUUCUUUAAUUUUUUCUUAAAAAAAACCUUAGUUUACAAAUCAAUUAAAAGUUUGAGCUAGAGCCACUACAUGUGUAGAAGUAGUAUAAUUGAAAAAUGGCUAUGGAUGGGAGAAUGUGUAAAUUGACUACUUUGACCCCCAAAUCAUGUAUCCAAUACUAACAUCAUCAUCAUCAUCAUCACCAACCCCCAAAUGUGUGGCUUAGGCCUUAAGGAUCCCCCCAAAAAAAAAAAAAAUUCACUUUUGUAGUUUUGUGUAUAAUAUUCAUAGGUAUGGUUUACACUUGAAAAAUCAAUGUACAUAAGAUUCAUCUCUAUUUUGGAUGAGAUGAGAUGGCCUCUAACUAAUGGUUAAUUUCUAGUUUUAACUCGUUUUUUUUCCAUGGAUUUAGGCUGUGUUUGGUAGGGAUCUCUUUGGUUAGUGUUUUGUAUUUUUGUCAUGAGACAGGUACCAAAUGUGGCCUUAAGGUUUUG